CUGGCAGGUGGCCGUUCUCGUGCCGCUCUCGCCUGACAGCAGACGCCGAGCCGAUAAGCCCAACUGCACUCCCCGCUGACCUUCACACGGCAAGGAAAGAGCGGAUGUCCGGGGCCUGUGAGGCGGGCCGAAGUGGGCACACUGAGCGACGAUGUGGGGAACGUGACCGGCGUCGAGAUGAACGGUAGAUGGAAGGCAUAUCGUCAGCGUGUGGGGGAGACGGCGAACGGUGCGACGAAGCUGACUCCGUGUGCAGGCAUGCUUCCAGUUGUGGCAGUGCAUGGCGGGGCCGGGAAGGUCUCUUCGCCCAUUCUUGAAGAAAAGAUGGUUGCCCUGCGUGCUGCAGUGGAUGCGGGAUACGUACUGCUUCAGCAUGGAGGCACUUCGGUCGAUGCUGUCGAGGCAGCCGUCCGGGUUAUGGAGGACCACCCUGCUUUCAAUGCUGGCUUUGGCUCCUCACUCACCAAUGAGGGUAGCGUGGAGAUGGACGCGCUGAUCAUGGAGGGCGCACUCAUGAAGGCGGGUGCCGUGGGCGCUGUACGCACUGUGCGCAACCCGGUCACCCUGGCGCGCAAGGUUAUGGAGGAGACAGAGCAUGUGUUGUUGGUGGGGCCAGCAGCAGAUAGAUUUGCUCAAGAAAUGGGGAUUCCACUGGUGGACAAUGGCUCGCUCGUCUCUGCUAAAGCCAAGCAGAGGUUGGAGGAGUUCCAGUCCUUUCGCAACACCGUGCAACGAUCCAUCAACGUUGACAAAAAAGAGCACGACACAGUUGGUGCUGUGGCAGUGGACGUAGCCGGCCACGUGGCGUGUGCCACAUCAACAGGCGGCCUUACGGGUCAACUUUGCGGCCGGGUGGGUGACAGCCCUUUGGUGGGCGCUGGUGGAUUCGCCGACGACUCUGUGUGCGCCAUCUCCACCACUGGCCAUGGCGAGGCAAUUGCUAGGUCGUGCCUGGCAUACGACAUGGCUACCCGUCUGCAAGCCGGCUCAUCUGCCGGUGAGGCCGUGGAGCAGGGGUUGCAGAGGAUGCGGCUCAAGACGCAGGGUGGCUGCGCGGGUGCCAUCUUGGUCACUCCCGCGGGCACUGUGAUCACCACGACCACCACCGAGCUGAUGCCCUGGGCUUGCCGCAAUGCACGAAGUUACCAGUGCGGAAGCCGUCCCGACGAGCACCCGUUGUAGCAGGUGCCAUGCUAGCCUCCCCAAUGGUGGCAGCUCCACAAUGGUCGUAGGGAGGCGGCUGUCGUCAAUGCGUGAAAUAAACACUUUUAUUACCAA